UGUUUGGCGCCAGCAUUUUCGCGGGGAGUGAGGAGUGAGGAGUGGACAGACGCAGCGUAGCCGUGAUCAUUUACAAACAUUGUUGUAUAAACUCUCCCGAUUCUUCUGAUAUAGCUCGUGUGUCGAUGAUCUCGCCUUCAGUGGUCGAUAGCGCGAGGCUGUGAGGAUGAUGGCAGCAGUGCCUCUAUCUAGUGCCAGCCUCCUUCCACUUCUGAAGUGUCUGGAAGAUGAAGCAGCCGGGCUGUCAGAGAAGACAGAUGCCUACAUCACCAUCGCGAACCGCCUGAAUGGAGAGGAAGGGCGUCAGUUUCUGCCUGUAGUUGUAAAACAUUUUGCACGUCUUGGUAAAGUCCUUUUGGUUCAUAUCUCCAGUGAGAAUGAAGAGCUGUGUCAAGCCGCAUUGCAAGCUUUGGGAUUAUGUGUCUUCCACUCACACAUUGUUUCAGUCUUACCAGCAAAUAUUUCAGAAGAUAUACUGUCUACGCUCUGUAAUGUUGUGGUAAAAUCAAAAGAGAAAUUUACGUGCACUCGAGCGUUAUGGGUGAUUUCAAAACAGAAUUUCCCGCCAGAGGUGGCAUCCAAAAAGACCCCAGAGAUUCUGAAGAGUCUAGAGGCCAUGCAGACCAGAGAGGUUCAGUCGAUCCUCAUUGAACAUGAAUCACUGAAUGUCAUAAUAAGGUUGCUGGAGCAGGCCCCGUCUCAGAUGGCUGCUGGAGCCGUGUGCUGGGCCAAGCUGGUUAUUCCUCUGGUGGUUCACUCGGCCAAUAAAGUGCGCUUGCGUGCAGCAGCAGCCCUGGAGUUGGGCAUGCCUCUUCUUCUGGAGAAACAGCAGGAGGUGGCAACCAUUGUAGAGCCAAUGAUGUCUUCUAUGCUUAUCCCUGAAAUGCAGAAGCUGUUUGCAUCUAAAAAUGAGACGAAUAUGCUGAAGCUCUGGCCCUUGUUUGUGAGACUUCUAGGGAAGUUGCUCCACAAAGGCGGUGCUUUCAUUAAUUCCUUGCUGUAUUUAGAGGAGUUGGGUUUCCGCAACUCUUCUCCUAAUAUUAAGAAGAUUGCCUUCAUAGCUUGGAAGAGCCUCAUUGAUAAUUUCGCCCUUAAUCCAGAUAUCCUGUGCAGCAGCAAGCGUCUAAAGCUCCUCAUGCAGCCCCUUAGUUCCAUCCAAGUCAGGACUGAAACUCUUCUGCUCACUAAGCUGGAGGUGUGGUGGUACCUUGCAGUCAAGCUCGGACCCAACUUGUCCGCUAACUUUGAGCAGGUUGGUGUACCACUACUGCACAACACACUUCCUUCUGAUUCUCCACUGCCGAGCCCGACUACACCUGCUCGAACCUCUAACCCAAGCAAUGGCACCCCUAACACCCCUAAAUCAGGCAUUCCCUCCUGCAGCACACCAAGCAUUACUCCUCGCAUGAAUCUGAACAGCAGUAUGCAGGCGGCUCAGUCCUACCGCUCCAUUCAGCUCCUGGGUCUAGAGAUGCUCCUGCACUGGCUUGUGGGUCCGGAGGUUACAGUCACAGCAGCUAGAGAAAAUCUUCAGCUCAGUCUGGAGCCCCUGACGCACCCGCUCUUUACCAGCCCUUCCUCCUUCAGUAGACAUGCCUCCACCCUCAUAUCAGCCGUCAAAGAAGGCUUCAUUACUGUGGGAAAACACGCUCCAGGUAUUCAACAUAAUCUGCACAAUGUAGCCUGGAUUUAA